AUGGCUGCUUCUGCAGCGGGGCUUCGAUUACGAGGGGGCCGUGACAGGUCCCUCUCCCUGUGCCUCCAAGAAUCGGACAUGGGCAACGCCGGGGCCCCUGCAGAAGCGGGGGGAUCAGACCCGGCCGACCCGCCGGCCCGGCCGGGCGCACCGACCCCACCGACUCCGCUGACCCGCCGGGCGCACCGACUCCGCGGACCCCGCUGGGCGCACCCACCGCACCGACUGCGCGGACCCGCCGACCCCACCGACCCCGCCGACUCCGCCGCGCGCCUCCUCUCCGGUGCGACGCCGCGACCGUCCGGGGAAAACGCGCGCUCAGCUCCCUUCGGGACCGGGAACCGAUCUUCUCCCCCCGCACCCCCACCCCGGCCUCUCGCGCCCACUCACGCGACCCUCCGCUCGCCUUCGUCACCCCCGCCCGCCCGCUCCCGGCGCCCGCCCGCUCCCGGGGCCCCCGGGGCCCCCUCGCCUACUUCCCGCGGGGGCCCCCCUCCCCCCCCCCCCCCCCGCCCGGCCUCAGUCCGCGGCGGCGUCUCCAGGCCUCGGCCUGACAAACCCUCUGGUUUUCAGAAUCAGCUGCGGCUUUUAAACAGUGUGGGUCCCCGACCCCCCGACCCCACAGGACCCGGGAUCCCCACAAACCCAGUGACUGUCGCACCGCAUUAUGGGCGAGGCGGGAAGGGCGCGCGCCCUUGGCUCGGGUUCCCGAAGCAGGUGCGGCCGCCCGGGACGCCCCCCGCUCCCCUCCGGCUCCCUCCCUCCGUCUCGCCCUCCGAGGGUCUCGGAGUCGCGUCCCCUACACGAACCCGAACCCGGGCGGGACCCGCGACGGCGCGAACCCGGGACCCGACCCGCGACGGUGGCCGGACGGCCGGUGACCCCCCUGCGGUCCGCGGGCAGCGCCGGGAGCGGUGA